GGGCAGCAACUCCAGUAUCGACCUCACAUUGGUAGUGAUAUUCCACAAUAUAAACAUUAAAAUGGUUUUUGCACAAUUAUUUAUCUUCGCCGUAGCAGUAGCUGCAACCAAAGCGGGUGUAAUAGGCGGAGUAGCCAGCAGUUACUCUAGCGGAGCUGGGCCAGUUGCACCCUUGGGCUUUGGUGGUGCAGGACAUGUGGGCUUUGGUGGUGCAGGACAUCUGGGCUAUGGCGCGGGGCAUUUAGGCGUAGGGCACAUAGCAGGUCCUAGUGCUCUAGGGCACGGUGGUGUCUUUGGUGCCGGUCCAGCUUUAGCAUUAGGUGGUUUAGGACAUGGUGGACUUGACACUUACGCUUAUCCCAAAUAUUCUUACAACUAUGGAGUAGCUGAUGGUCUAACUGGUGACCAAAAAUCGCAACACGAAGUCCGAGAUGGAGGAGUCGUUAAAGGACAAUAUUCUUUGGUGGAACCCGAUGGUUCUGUCCGUGUUGUAGACUAUGCAGCUGAUGACGUCAACGGAUUCAACGCGGUAGUGAAGAAAAUUGGUCCAUCACUACAUGCCGCCCCUGUUCACGCUGCUCCCGUAAUAGCAGCACCUCUUGCCGCUGGACAUGGAUUUGCUGGGGCCGGAUACGGAGCAGGACUCGGAGCAGGACUCGGAGCUGGACACGGAUACCUUGGUGGUGGUGCAGGUCACGGCUUCUUAGGAAAAGGUUACGGACAUCCGUGGUAGAUUUUAAAUGCGAUUAACCGAAAUAAAAUAAUUAGUUGAAACCGCCCUUCUUAUGAUAUGACGACGAAUAAUAAAUCGAAUAUUGUGUUUUUGAAUGUAUGUUGUACGUAGACUUUGAGUACAUCUUCAUCGACAAAGCUUUCAAAUGUGGUUGGUCGGAGAUUUGUUCGUGUAUUUUUAACGAACUCCUCUUUGACAUCGUUGAUAAGAUGUACGAAUAAGAUGCUGCCCAAUAACAGUAUUUAUAUUUUUUACGUGUUAUAUCGAAUGUAUAUAUAUUUUGUAAUAAAAGCAAAGCUUAUUA